AUGUUUGCAAUAAAAGUAAAGCGAAUGGGUCGCGUUAUUCGUAUUGGUGAUACCGCUUUUGUGCGCCGUGUAAUUUCGCAGGAAGAUGUAAAGGCCUUUGGCCCGCUAGUUGGAGAUUUUAAUCCAAUCCACGUUGACGAAACUGCCGCUAAGGCCGCUGGUUUUCCUUCUCCCAUUGUUUACGGUAUGUUAGCUGGUUCUCUUUUUUCAGGUCUCUUAGGUUCCGAACUUCCUGGUCCCCAGUCUAUCUACUUGAGUCAAACGCUCAGUUUUGUGGCACCUGUAUUUGUUGGUGAUGAAGUGGAGGCGCGCGUCACAGUGACUCAAUUCAGGAAAAGUAAAUUUAUGAUUGCAUUUCGCACAACAGUUAGCCGAAUUGAACGAGAAACAGGCAAGGAAAUUAUUUGCGUCGAUGGAACUGCUGUGGGAAUGAAUAAAACAGUUACGUUCGAAGGUGAAAGCGAGUGGACUGUACCUCGUGUGGUGUGA